AUGCCGAGGAAAGGAGAGGCAAAAAGCACUUAUGGGACAGGUGCUUUUAUACUUCUUAACACAGGUGAAGAAGUGAUUCCAUCAAAACAUGGUUUGUUAACCACUUUAGCUUUCAAACUCGGGAAAGAUGCCCCUGCAAACUAUGCUCUAGAGGGCUCAAUUGCAAUUGAUGGAGCAGCUGUUCAAUGGCUGAGGGACAGUCUUGGAAUUAUUCGUUCCGCUAGUGAAAUCGAGGAGUUGGCUUCACAGGUUGAGUCAACUGGUGGGGUCUACUUUGUUCCAGCUUUCAAUGGGCUUUUUGCACCAUGGUGGCGUGAUGAUGCAUGUGGUGUUUGUAUUGGGAUCACAAGGUUUACAAACAAGUCUCAUAUUGCUAGAGCUGUUCUUGAAAGUAUGUGUUUUCAGGUGAAAGAUGUGUUGGAUUCAAUGCAUAAAGAUGCUGGUGAGGAAGGUGAAACGAAAAACGAAAAGGGACAGUUUUUUACUUAG